AUGGCUCUAUUAAAUAUAAAGAAUAAUGCAAAUAUUUCUUUGCAUUCAAUGAGAUAUUCAGAUUUACAACUUGAUUAUGAUAGUGAUUCUUCUUCAAAUGAAGAAUCUCCUUUUUUUUCAGUUGAUGAUUUUUCUAAUGAACUUCAUAGUAGUUUUGAUGAUAUUUCGGAUUACAUUGUAGUAGAUGAAUCUGAUUUGAAAAGGGAAAGAUCAGAAAAUACUAGUAGCGAAAAUAACGAAACUACAUCAACAAAAGAUAUAGAGAUGAAAAAAGAUGAAAAUGUCAAAAAUGAAAAAAAAUAUAAAAACGCAAAUUAUUCAGAAGAGAGUAAAAAUUGUAGUGAUAAUAAUAAUGACAAUAAAAAUAAUAAUAACAGUGAUAAUAAUAAUGAUGUUAAUAAUAAUAGUACUAAUGGUAAUAAUAAAAAGCAAUGUUUUAGUAGAACAUUAGGAACAGAAGGUAGAAAAAGAAUGCUUAAAUUAUUAAGAAAAGCUUAUAAAUAUAAUGAAGAAUGUAAAUUAAUUAUGAAAAAUAAAAAUCCUCCCUUAUCAAUAAGUUAUUUACCUUAUUUUAAUUUGUCAAUGUUAUGGCAAUUAGCUGAAGAUUUUGGUGUUUUUAAUGAAGCUUUAAAAAUUCAUAGAGAAUGUAUCAAAAAAAGAAAUUCUAAUGUACGAUUUAGAGCUAAUGGAAAAGCAUCAGGUAAUUAUAAUUUUCAAGAGUUAAACAAAAAUACAAAAUCUUCCAAAUCAGAAUACAUGUCUGAUUACGUAGGUUCAAAUAUGGAUACACAAACAGGAGAAGAUUGUGAAAUGGCUAAUAAUAAUAUUUUAAAUGAUGAUAUUCAAGGAAAAAGAAAAAGAAAAAAAAGUAACAAUUAA